AUCUUCUUUAACCUUUUUUUUCUCGUAAUUAUUGCUUAAUCAUAUGCCAAUUAACACUAAUUUACUCAUAAUCCAAACCAAUUAUUCUUCAUUCCUUUCCCAUUAAUUAAUAAAACAAACAAUUUAAUGUGCCUUUGUUUCCCUCAAUUCCUGCCCUAUAUGUUUCAUUUCAUGUUAACAAAUAUUACUAUUUUUAAUCCUAUUUUUGUCUUGUUUUUCUUGUUUUUUUGCUAAACCCCAUUAUUCCUUAAACCCAUUAUAUAUUCGAUUCAAAUAAUUUUAUCAUAAAUCUGUUUAUAUUAUCAUAUCAAUUAACAGUAGAAGAGAGUAUGAACAUUUAUAAUGUUUAUUUUCUUUCGCUUUCUUUGUGGCUGUUGAUGAUUACUGUUAUUUUAAAUGCACAAGAGAUUGCUGAAUCGCCGUCUCCAUCACCACCACCGUAUUAUAGAUCUAGAGGUUCGCCUUUUAGACCGAGCAUAGUAAUAGUAGUAGCAAUACUCACAACUAUAUUCUCAAUCGUGUUUAUGUUGUUGUUAUACGCGAAGCAUUGUAAGAGGGAAGGUGAAUUUGGUAUGACGGGAGGAGGAGGAGGAUUGACGAAUGCAGGUUCAUCGAGCUUUCGGAAGAACUCCGGUAUUGAUCGGACGGUGAUUGAGUCGUUGCCGGUGUUUCGAUUUGGAUCUCUUAGAGGUCAAAAAGCUGAAGGACUUGAAUGUGCUGUUUGUUUGAAUAAAUUCGAAUCGACUGAAAUUCUCCGAUUGUUACCGAAAUGUAAACACGCGUUUCAUAUUGAGUGCGUUGAUACUUGGCUUGAUGCUCAUUCUACUUGUCCUCUUUGUCGAUAUCAAGUUGAUCCAGAAGAUAUUCUGUUAAUUUCACAUGAAAAUGAGAGAAAAUCUGAUUCUACCGCAUGUUCAGCAUCUCCGGCGAAGGAAAAGAGGAUGUAUUCUUCAUCUUCUGGAAGACAUUCUUCCGCCGGAGAAAGAGGAACUUCAUCGUCAUCGUUGCAGAUAAUCGUUGAAACUCCGAAACAGGAAACGCCGUCGUUUCUGAACAAGAGAAUGUCGUUAGACAGUUGGAAUUUCUACCGGAAAAAAAGCAAAUCCACUAAUUCGACUUCGUUAUCGAGAAAAGACGGAAUGCUAUUAAGCAAAAAGAAGGCGCCGGCGCCGGCGACGGAACCGGAGGUGGAGGAUAGGCGGUUGGAACACCGAAUCAUUAUAUCCGGCGAUGAACCGGAGCUGGACACGGCAAGUGGGUCCCGGCAACGGUGGAGUGACGUGGAGGCUUGUGAUAGGUUGUAUUUGAGGUCGGAGAUGUUAUUAAGCGAGAGCCGUAGAUAUUCAGGAUCGAGAAAACGGACGGCGGAGAUGGAGAGUGGCAGAAGGGUAAUAAAUGAGAGAAGUGUGUCGGAAUUGACAGGGAUGAGUAGGUUUAAGAGUAAUAAUAAUAAUAAUGAAGAAGAAAGAGAAAGGAAAGGAGCAGUGAAAAGAUGGUUGGAUUGGAUAUCUCAAUCACAAAACAAAUCUAUGUCUGAUUCAGGUGCAAGUGUUGGUGCAGGUGCAACAACUUCUUCAUUUUCAGCAUCGUGAUAAGUCGGGUCGGAUCGUAUCGAAUGUUUACGUUAAAUCAAUUGACGUAUUAUGAUAUAAUUGUAUAAGUUUUUUUUUUGUUGUUGGUGGCAUCUCUUUUUCAUGAUGAGAUAAGGCAGAGUACAAAAAGAAUGAUGAAAUCAUAUUGUAAUAGUAGUGGUUUUGUACUUUAGUUAGUGGAAAGUGAAAGAGUAGUACUUAAAAAUAGAUUUAUUUAUUUAUUUAUUGAAUUUUUUAAAUGUUAUUUGGAUUAGUGAAAAAGAUUUACUGUAUUUGUUUGGAUUAAAUUUAAUGAAGAUCUUAAUUUGAAUGGUGA